AUGCUCCAACGGUGUGGAUCAAUCCUUACGAGAAGAUUUUCAGCCUCAAAUCUUCUAUUAUCAGAGGAGCAAAGGCACCUAAAAGAAAUGGUUUAUCGGUUUUCACAGCAGCAUAUUGCUCCAAUUGCGUAUGAAAUUGAUAAAACUGAUUCUUGUGAUUAUCGCUCACUCUGGCCGAAAUUAGGAGAAUUAGGAUUAUUAGGAGUGACUGCUGCUCAUGAAUAUGGAGGAUCUGGCUUAGGAUACUUAGACCAUGUUAUUAUAACGGAAGAAAUUAGCAGAGGAUCAGGUUCUAUUGGUCUCAGCUAUAUUGCUCAUAGUAAUUUAUGCAUCAAUCAAUUGGUUCUCCAUGCGAAUGAACAACAAAAGAAAAAGUACUUGCCUGGGCUUUGUGAUGGCACAAAAAUAGGAGGAUUAGCUAUGACUGAGACUGGAGCAGGAAGUGAUGUGACAAGCAUGGUGACUAGAGCAGAAAAAGUUGAUGGCGGAUUUUUAUUAAAUGGCUCAAAAAUGUGGAUCACUAAUGGGCCAUAUGGAGACUACAUAAUUGUUUAUGCCAAAACGGAUCCGAUUAAAGGAAAAAGAGGAAUUUCUGCGUUCAUUGUAGAAAAAGAUUUUAAAGGUUUCAAUUGUGCACAAAAGAUGAAUAAGCUUGGCAUGAGAGGCAGUGGAACUGGUGAAUUAACUUUCGAUAAUGUAUUUGUGCCCGAAGAAAAUUUAUUAGGUCCUUUAAAUGAGGGUGUCUACAUACUUAUGAAGGGUCUUAAUUUUGAAAGGCUUUUAUUAUCUGCUGGCCCUGUUGGUUUAAUGCAAGCUGCUUAUGAUGUUGUUUUGCCUUAUGUAGGAGUUCGCAAACAAUUCGGAGAAAAAAUUGGCCAUUUCCAACUAAUUCAAUCAAAAAUCGCAGAUAUUUACACUGCAUUAAAUGCAUCACGCAUUUAUCUUUAUACUAUUGCAAAAUCCUGCGAUCAUGGUACUUCCUUAAAUGAAGAUUGCGCUUCAGUUUUUCUUUUUAAUGCAGAGCAAGGCACACAAAUGGCUUUACAAGCAAUCCAGGUCUUAGGUGGGUAUGGGUACAUAAAUGAAUGUCCUCUUGGAAGAAUUUUAAGAGAUGCGAAACUAUAUGAAAUUGGAGGAGGAACAUCCGAAAUCAGAAGAACAAUUAUUGCGAAAGCACUUAUGAUUAAGCAUCAUAAAGAUUAA